CCCAGCGAUUCGCACUCGCACAUCUGGCGCCAAAACCAAAAACUGAAAACCAAAAAGCCAAAGCCUGAAUCAAAAGCCGUCAAAACGCCAAACGUCCGCUAAGCGUCGCGCAUGCGCAAACGCGCGCCCAACGAAAUCGAAAACGCAAAGCAGUCAAAGCGACCGUUACUACCGUGGACCCCUCCAGCAUCUUAAGUCGUUGCAUAAUCGAGAGUGGAAACUGGAGACCCGGGCUUCUGGCCAAAAAAAACCUAAGCGAAACCCCAGCUUCUGCGCACAAUUCGCCAUGUCGUUGCCGCCCAGCCAGCGGACUAAUUAAUGCGCGCUCGUGGAAAGAAAACGCAAAGCGGAGCUGGGAGACCUCGUAAAUUAUAAUACUUAAGGACGGAAAAAGCGCUUGGGCCGCGAGACGCGAUCCGCCUUCCUUCCCAGUUCCCGUUCCGAUCCCCGAGACAGUCCCACCGGAAAGUAGAAACAGCAAAACCCUCUACCGCCCAUUUGACUGGCAGCGUGAAAGUGAAAAGCAUCUGGUCACCGGCAGCAGGACAAAGCUAGAGCCGCAGAUACAGAUACUAUAUAGCGAUACGAUCCGUAAACGGCCUCUGUGGGUCAGUCAUGCGCGCGAUGAGCAGCUGAGCUGCGCCAGCUGCCCGAGGAGCGGCCACCAAGAUGAUGAAGCCAUCACAAUCCCCAUCGCCAGCGCAGUCACAGUCGCAGCCCGAGUCACGGCCACAGUCGCGGUCGCACUGGCAGUGCCACUGGCAGAUCCCAGUGGCAAACGCCGCGACCUUGAGCUGGCUGUGCCUCCUGCUGCUCUUGCCCUCUUCCAGGCAGUUUGAGACGGACUGCGGCUGUCGCCCGGCGCGUAGAGGACCGCGGAUAAUUGCUGGAGCCGCCACGAACGAGGGCCAGUUCCCCUGGCAGGCCUCCCUGGAGCUACUGCAUCCGUCGCUCGGAUUCCUGGGCCACUGGUGCGGGGCGGUGCUGAUCCACCAGUACUGGAUACUCUCCGCCGCCCACUGUGUUCACAACGAUCUCUUCAACCUGCCCAUUCCACCGCUGUGGACGGUGGUGCUGGGCGAGCACGACCGCGGUGUGGAAUCGGGCAACGAGCAGCGCAUUCCCGUCGAGAAGAUCGUGAUGCACCACCGCUACCACAACUUCCGGCACGACGUGGUACUAAUGAAGCUCUCCAAGCCGGCGGACCUCGAAAGGGCCUCCAAUAUCCGGCGCAUCUGCCUGCCCUUCCUCCUCGCCGAGUCCCAGGACUCUGCCCCUGCGGAAACAGAGCCCUCAUCUCCCUCGGCCGACGAGGAUGUGCUCAUUCAGCAGCUGGAGCUGGAGGAUGUGCCCGAGAAGAUCGACAACUUCCUGCGCAGUGUCCAGAGCCGUCGGCGCUACAGGAAUGUCACUGCUCCCAGCAUGAAGGAGCUGAUGAACAUGAAGAUCCUCAGCAGGAUGCGCCAGGCCCUGGCGCAACGCUCCCCGCGCAGUUUGAAACGCUCGCGAAGGAGGAACGAUAAGCUCAUGAAGCUGGGUCCCCGCAGAGGGGAUUCGGAGGAUUCUGCCGAGCAGAAGCACCGCAAGGCCAGCGAGGUCAGUGAGCCGAAGGAAAUGGCCUUCGUGGACUGCGUGGCCACGGGCUGGGGCAAGGCCAACAUAAGUGGUGAUCUCUCCAAUCAGCUGCUGAAAACACAAGUGCCACUUCAUCAGAAUGGCAGGUGCAAGGACGCCUACGGCAGCUUUGUGAACAUCCACGGCGGUCACCUUUGCGCCGGCAAGCUGAAUGGCGAGGGUGGCACCUGCGUGGGCGACUCCGGCGGACCGCUGCAGUGCCGCUUGAGCCGCGAUGGACCCUGGAUCCUGGUGGGGGUCACCUCCUUCGGCUCCGGUUGUGCCCUGGAGGGCUUUCCGGACGUCUACACCCGCACAUCGUACUACAUGAAGUGGAUCGAGGACACGAUCGCCGCCCACUGAAUCAAGG